UAUUGUAUAUAAGCUGCGCACUUCUUUUGAGGUAAGUCAUGUAGGAUCAAGCCCAGGUUUAACUUUUUUGCCAACGGAACUAAUAAUACUCAUUAAUAAAACUUAAAGAUGCCAGAAGUGAAGCACAUUGUGUACAAUCACGUAAUGGAAACAUUGUUUUCCUCUGGUCCAACAACUAUUACCGCUGAAAACAUAGCAAGCUCGUUAAAUGAGCAAAUGAAAGCAAGGGUUUGUCUGUUCCUAAACCCUUUAAUGUUGCAAGUAAAAAACAGAUUAUCUGCUACCCCCUUAACCAAGGAUGCAUUGAACAAAGCUCCCUUUGAUAUAUUGCUGGCUUUGAGGUAUAUACUUGAGAACUACGAGUCAACAAUUGCCAAAAAUCAGCAAUCACAAAUAGAAGUAGCCCAGCAAGAGCAACAAUCCGUAAAAGCAGUAGUGGCAUUAAUCCAGCAAAGGAGAAGACCAAAGGAGAAGACCAAAGAAGAAGACCAAAGAAGAAGACCAAAGAAGAAGCCAAAACAGCGUAAUUCAUCAACAGAGAACAAUAACCAAAAUUUCAACCACCAAGGCUAUUCAGUUAUUUCCUAAUCCAGGUUUUAAAUGGCGUUUUAUAAAAGUAGAUGGCCAAAACAUAGUUGGUAUUUUUGGAAGAAGUAGUCCAAAAAAAGACCUGAAGAGACGGUGUUUAACUUUGCUCAACAGGUGAGU